AUGAGCCAAGACGUUUUUAAACCUAAUUUUCUUAAUAAAUCAAAAAAUAGAUUUGAAUUUACUUUCCAAAAUAAAGAAGUAAUAUUUGAAAUUGACCAAUUAGCCAGUAAAAGCGAUAAGUCUAUUAUUUGUCGUUAUGGUAAUACUACUGUUCUGACUGUUUUAACUAUUAAGCAACUUACUAAAAGUAACGCUUCUUUUUUUCCACUAACUAUCACUUUGGAGGAGAAAUUUUAUGCCAUAGGACGAAUACCUAACGUAUUUGGCAAACGUGAAGGCAAGCCGAGUUAUGACAUCAUUACCGCUGCCCGCUUAAUUGACCGCUCAUUGCGAAUUUGUUAUCUGGCUCCCGAUUUACCUUAUUUUCAUACUCCUUUGGCCGCAGUAAUCGUUGGGGGAAAAGACGGAAAUUUUAUUGUUAAUCCCAGUAGUGAAAAAUUAAAUAACUCUUCUCUUGAACUGAUUGUCAGUGCUAGCGAAAAAAAUAUUACCAUGCUGGAAGCAGGUGCUAGCGAGAUAAGCGAAAAAGAACUAGAAAAAGCCAUAGAAUUGGCUCAGAAAGAGAUUCAAUUACUAAUCGGCUUUUUCCAACAUAUUGCUAGCAGUUUAGGAGUUAGAAAAGAAAAAAAUAGUACAAAAAAAGAGGAAAAAAAUGGAGACGAGUGGGUAAAAGAAAAAGUGAAUUAUCAACUAGAAAAAAUCCUUUGCAAUUCCAGUCUUUCCUGGAUAGAAAAAGAAAAAAAAAUGAAAGAAAUUCGUCAAGAGUUAACCAAGGAAUAUUAUGUCAAAAGUCCGCAAUUAGAGGAAGAAUAUAUCAAGGGCUUAGUAGAGCAAAUUUGGGACCAAGAAAUCCAAAUUGAUUAUUUGCCUAACGUUCAUGGCAGUGCGGUCUUUGCUCGGGGAGAUACCAGGGUGCUUUCGGUCAUAACCAUUGGCAAAAUUAGUGAAAAGCAAUUAAUCGAUAGCAUUUUUUCUCGUUCUUAUAAGCAUUUUAUUCAUCAUUAUAAUUUCCCGGCCUUUGCGGUUAAUGAAAUUGCUAGUUAUCGAGCAGUUUCCCGGCGAGAAAUAGGUCAUGGUGAGUUAGUGGAAAAAACUUUUGAUUAUCUGAUUCCGCAAAAUGAUGUUUUUCCUUAUACCACUCGGGUAGUUUCCGAAGUUCUUUCUUCGGAUGGUUCUUCUUCUCAGGCUUCGAUUUGUGCCACCUCUUUGGCACUGAUGACGGCCGGGGUUCCCCUAAUUAGACCGGCGGCCGGAAUCGCCUUAGGAUUAUUUGAAGGACAAAUUUACAGCGAUAUUAAUGGCUUAGAAGACAAAUUGGGAGAAAUGGAUUUUAAAAUUGCUGGAACUGAGCGAGGCAUUUGCUCAAUACAAUUAGAUGUGAAAAAUCAAGGAAUUGCUAAGGAAAUAUUGCAAGAAUGUUUAACAAAAGCCCGUCAGGCUCGGCUUUACUUAUUGGGAAAAAUGAAAAAACACAUUUUUCAUCCUCGUCCUUCUCUACCGGUGCAAGUUAUUAAGUGCCGGCGGUUUUACGUUGGCAAUGAAAAAGUAGGUUUAAUUAUUGGCCCUCGCGGCAAAACCAUUAAUCAGUUGACUGAGGAAACCGGUUCGACUAUCGAAGUUCAGACUGACGGCCACAUACUUAUCUAUCAUCAAGAGAAAGAUAAAUUAGAGGAAACUUAUCAAGCAAUUAAGGAUAUAAUUAAAAAUAAUUUUUAA